AUGAAGAAUCAGGAAUACAGAAGGCGAAUGUAGGUGGAAACGACCGUAAGAAGGCCCUGAUAGUGGUUCUAUUCUACAGAAAGACUUAACAGAAUCAAUUUUGAUUUAGGAAAUACCAAGACCGAAAAGAUGACAUCCCCGAUUGCCCUUCGCUGGAGUCCCUGGAACUGAACGAAUCUGACCAUGAACUGUUAGUUACUGAUUAUUUAUGCGAAAAUACGAAAGUUUUAUGGUGUCUUGAGAUCAGAAGGAACUGUAAUCUGUCUAGUUUUGGUAUAGUCUGCAAAAAAUUACUUUCAAUUUUGGCAUGGCCAAUACAAAAAAAUGAUGAGAAUUUGCGAUUUUAACUGUUAAUUUUGUUGACUCUAGGCAUAGAAGGUCGUAAAUGGCCUGUAGACUUAAUAUACGCCCUUAUGGUCAUCAUUUUUACUCUUUUAGAAAUGAGAUUUUACUGGGAUGUCUGGUAUAAUAUAAGUCUAAAAAUCCAUCUUCCAUCGUAUAAAAUGUCUUCUAGUUUUUGCAAUAGCGAUAAUAUUAUACAACAAUUUUCUGGGGCUGUUUUUGAACUUUAAUACACUUUUUUAAUUAUAUGAUUACAUAUCUAAAACAACAUAACUCCGAAAGGGAAUCUCCAUUUUGCUGGUAUAAAUAGCCCCGCUAACUCAACAACACACACACGAACAACCAUUUUUCUGAUAUCCCAUUCCCAAAUGAAAUGUCAGCUCGCCAUUUCAAGACAUCCCAAAUGAAUAUCAGAAACAAAACAACGGCGGCUUGACCCUGAGGGCAGGGCCGGAAAUCUGAAUGCCCGAAAAAUUUCCGAGUAGACGAAUGGCAUGUCAAACAAUUUAUCAAACGAAUAUAUCUCGUGAAUAUGGUAAAAUAUUUGUAUGGGAAAACAUUUCAGGCCGGUUACCGCUGAUCCCAGCUUGUCCGGAAAUAGUCAUCAAAAUCAGGUGGAGACGUCGGCUGGGCUCGGAUAUGAGGAUGUGGCUGGGCGCAACGAAGCUGGUGAUCGAUCCAAUAUCUUCAAUUGGUAAGGGGGACGGGAUUUGGAGAAGAUUUUGCUUAGUGUUUGUAGUAGACAUGAUUUUUUCUUAUGAUAGGUGGAUAAUAUAAAAAAACAGAUGGCAGUAAAAAAAAAGAAUUUUUCAUACGAAAUAUAGGACCUUAUUUUGGCUGAUUUUAUAAUGAAACAUCGAUUUUUCAUCGAUUUUUGCCAAGAUAUAAGUGAAUUAGAUCUUAUUAUUGGUUUCAUCGAAGUAAACGAUGUUUAUACCCGUAUAGUAACCUUCAAUUUGAGGUACAAUCCUUAUUCUCAACCCUCAUUUUUUACUAACAUCCCAUGGGCUUGCCCUAUCGUAUUUUACCAUAUGAAAAAUUUACUAUAUGCAGUUUUUGUAAAUUACAAAAAAAUCACAACACAAAAAUAAUGCGUCACAGUAACCCCAAAUUAUUUGAUACCACUUCAAUGUCGAGCUACAGCGUCUAAUUUGUCAUUGUUUUAGCCGUGACAGUGACCAAUACAGUGCAGCUUCGUUUGAUGACUAUCUCCGAGCGUAAGUGAAGUAAUUCAUAUCUUAUACGAUACAUUCUAGCCCUCUGUUCAACGUCGACAAGCUUGCUCCGGUUCUCGAAGGCAUUGGUACCACUAUCUUGGAGAUUAUUGUUCAACUCUUCCAAAUGGCCCGAUUUGGAGUGAAAUAUCCGGUAAGAUGAAGGGAAUUUGGUAUUAUAAAUUAAAUAGAAAGCAACUGUAGGGUAGAAUGAGGCCUUUUUGCGCUAUUUUGGACAGCUUUAGACAAUAAAAUUUGAUCAACUUGGUUUUAAAUUACUUCAUUUUACCGUACCCAUUGAUGACUGAAGCUCAAAUUCUGAUUUUGAAGAUUUUGAGUGGCCGUAGUUUUGUUGUUACUGUAUUUUUCAUGGCGUAUGGGCUUUAUUAUUGAGAGACUCAGUCAUCAACAUAGAAAUUCUAUAUUGCUUCAGGCACCUUUUUUUCAGAAUGGACCUACAGUGGGGGAUCUGAUCCAGUGGCAAAAAACGUACCAUGUUGCAUCCAGGAAGUAUAAAAAAUGUGGCAAAAUACCUCCCUCUCCAAGUGAAAAAACUCCGAUUUCAAAAGCGCGCCCACUCUUUUUGCGAGGAAAAAGGGAUCGCCCUUCAAAACGAGGUUUUUUUCACUUGUAGAGGGAAGCAUUUUGCCACAUUUUUGAUGCUUCCUGGAUGCAAAAUGGGACUUUUUUUGCCACUGGAUCUGGUCCCGCACUGUAGUCAUGAUAAUAAAAAGUUGAUUGAACUCUCAAGGAAGAGUCACAUUGCUGACCGAUCUUAGAUUAGCUCGGCACUAUACCAUCAACCGUAUUUUACAAAGUUUUUUUCAGACUCCUUUCGCUAUAUGUCUGGUCAUCGUCGGCCUUUAUUUUGGGAUUUUGUACCUGGAAAUCUCGGUCGCUGCGACACUCGACUUUUUCGUUGGAGUCUCUUGGCCCCCACUGCACAUUUUCUUCAGAAAUACGGAGCGAUUCUUCAAUUCGAUUGGGUCUUGGUUCGGGGAAAUGGACGAAAUUGGGCAGGCAAUGUACUGCGACAUGGCUUCCACAUGGUGCCAUCGCUUCAGAUUGAUGUGUGACGUUCAAUGCUCCUUCACUGAGCUGGCGCUGAACAGAAACCGCUAA